AUGGUUUCCAUCGCUCUGGAGGUGACCUGCAGCUUUGUCACCUGGCUGUGUCUGUACCUCUGCCUCUGCCGCUGGAACAAGCACCGCUCCUACGAGUGGAGCUGCCGCCUGGUCACCCUCCUGCACGGGGUCAUUGUCACCUGCCUCUCCGGUUACACUGCCCUCCUGGAUGGCCCCUGGCCUCUGACCCAUGCAGGUUCACCAAACACACCUCUCCAGACCCACGUGCUGUCCCUGACCUUGGGCUACUUCAUCUUCGACCUGGGCUGGUGCCUGUAUUUCCAGACAGAGGGCCUGAUGCUGUUCCACCACACCCUGAGCAUCUGUGGCAUGGUCCUGGUGCUGGGGCUGGGCAAAUCCGCCACGGAAGUCAACGCUGUUGUGUUUGUCAGCGAGAUCACCAACCCCCUGCUCCAGGCGCGCUGGUUCCUGCGGGAAACGGGCCGGUACCACACCUUCCUGGGAGAGCUGGUGGAUUCCCUCUUUGUGGUGCUCUUCCUGGCGCUCAGGAUGGCGGGAGGAGCCUGCAUCAUGCGUGCCAUGGUGGUGUCCCCCCACCCCAGCUGGCUCCUCAAGGCUGGGGGCCUGGCCAUGUACGUGGUGUCUCUGGGGUUCAUGGUUGAAAUCUGCCGCUUUGUCAGGAGGAAAAUGGUGAAGAAGCGCCUUUCCUGGACGCGCCUGAGGAGUGGGAAUGGACCUGUGAGAACUAAUGGGCACGUGGCUGCUCACUGAUGGCUUGUGGAGGACAAU